AUGGCAGGUCGUGCUGUCGGUAAGUGGACUCGGGAUGAUGACGACAAGUUGGUGGCAGCAACCUUAGACAAUAAGAGGAAGGGGUUGGAAGCGGCCAUUCGAGACAUCAUGGCAAGUCAGGGUACCUCCGUUUAA